CUUGCUCCAGAGGGGGGCGUGCUUAUAUCAUCCGUCUGAGUCGCGGUUGGCUCUUGGAAUUUUUUCUCGAGGCUUCGGUCGCUUUGUCGCACCAAACAUAGCCGCUUCCCCAUCACUGCGCAACCCGUCACGCCUCCCUGUUGCGCUUUCGAUCUCGACAUCUCAAAUCCGGUGUCGCAUCCGGCGGCUGGCACAACACAUCCCAUCUUCGACUCUCCCGAUCUGCAAACAUGUCCGACUACGGCGGUGACGACGAUGGUGGUGGUGGCCAGGACUUCAACGACGACGGGCUCCUGUACGAGGAGGACGGCGCGGGCGACUUCGACCCCGAGGUGCCCGUGUCGGACGACGAAGACAUCGGCGGCGACGACCCCAACGUCGUCGUGUCGGGCGAUCCCAACGGCGCGGCCAAGCGCGGCGGCGGCAACACGCUCAAGUCGCACAAGGACAAGAAGAUCCCCAACGACAAGCGCACCACGACGCCCUUCAUGACAAAGUACGAGAAGGCCCGCAUCCUCGGCACCAGGGCCCUGCAGAUCAGCAUGAACGCCCCCGUGCUCGUCGACCUCGAGGGCGAGACAGACCCACUCCAGAUCGCGAUCAAGGAGCUCGCCGAGAAGAAGAUCCCGCUCAUCAUCCGACGGUACAUGCCCGAUGGAUUCUACGAGGACUGGACUUGUGAAGAGCUUCUCCAGUAACGCGUCCUCAGUCAGGGGAUAUUCACCCAUGUUGCAGCUUUGGUAGAGUAUUGUAACUGCCAACAUCCGGCGCUCCUGAGGAUGCUCUUCCUCAAUAUAGGGCCGAACGAGUUCCGCCGCUAGUCUCCGGCUACCAGUAGACAGGAUAUGGCAACGCAGUAAAAACAAAGAAGCGAUGAAAAAAUAUAGAUUGUAGUUAGCGUUGGCGUUACGGCUGUGGUAGGACCUAUAUUUCAAGGCUCCUAGGU